UCAGAUACGUUUUAUUCAGCUGUCUAGUUUAACUUCUAGCUGGGACUCUCUCUCUCUUCUCUAGAGAGAGAGAAUUCUCUCUUCUUGUCCCUCUUACCAGAAUCUAAUUUUUCAGAGGGAAGAUGAGAGAUUUGUUCUGGUUUUGAUGUAAGAUAAUUUCAAUCGAAAGAUUGAAUCUUUUACUUCGCUUUGGCGAUUUCUUUUUUCCUGUUGAGGAAUAAGCUUCGCUUUAUGCGAUCUUUUGUUGUGUAUCUUCAAAAUCGGGUUGGGUUGUUCUUCAUGUUUCUUCAAGUUUUAUCCUAUCCUAACCUGUUUUUGAAAUCAAAUAAAGUUAAUCUCUCCUCUUUCACAACAAAUUUCGAAUCCCGUAUGUUUUUGUGUUGGAAUCUUUUUCUCCAUAGAUCUCACUUACUCCUUUCUAAUUAGAGUCAAUCUCUACUUUUUUAUGUGAAGCCAAUGAUAGGCUUUUAGUAGAGUUUCUUUGAGGAAGGGAUGAUGUGGUGUUGGAUUUGCUCUCGGUGGAAUUAUAUAGAGAUUUAGAUAAGUCGGUAUCUCUUUGAUGGUCCGACAAAAAUCUCCCAUAGAUCCUCCGAGCUCUCCCCAAGUUUAUCAUCUAUUGGAGGCUGAGUUUUCAACCAUAAACAACGGUUUAAGUGGAAGAUGGAGUUCUAUUGGUACCAGAUCUUAAGUCUUGAAGAAACGACAUGAUAGGGGAACGAUUCAGGAGCAACACCGGUGGAGGAAGCUUGCAGCGGGCGGGUUCACCGCUUCCAGUGCGAAGGUCAUGCGUUUGGACGUGUGUCUUCUCGGAGCUCUUCUUGCGGACACGUGGAGGACACGAAGCUCUCACCGUUUUCUCUAUUAGGUUAUAAUGUCUUAGAGCAACCGCAACGGCGGUUUAUACUCAGUCCCUAGGUGUUAAUCCUUAACUAUUAACAAUAUAAUAACAUUAUUUAUCUUAGAUAAGCUAAGGAUGAGUCCUAAGCUAAGGAUUAAAAUUGGUUAGUCCUUGUUGACGUGGCAGGGGAAUUGGUUCCGUCUCUUCACGGGUUUCGCGACGCUAUCGAAGGGUAGGUGCUAAGUGCUUUCUCCUGUUACCCUUUGGUCAACAAUGACGGACCAAAGCUCUGUUGAUGGGAUCCUAGAGUUUCUCAAGAAGAAUCGCUUCUCUAAAGCAGAGGAAGCUCUGCGUAAUGAGCUCAACAACAACAACAACCCUUCUGACUUGAAUAGGUUUCUUGAGAAUCUUAGCCUUGAGGACAAAGAUUCAAGCAAAGGUUCAAAACCAAAGGCUAGUUCUCAAGAUAGUCAAGUCUCCAACGAGCUGAUUGUGAAAGAGAUUGACUGUGGGAUUGGCAAUAAUGGGUCUGUAAUCAAAUGUGGAAUUGGUGAGAAACCUAGCAAGAAGGUUAUAUCAAGGGAGAUGAGCUUCACAUUCUCUGAAAACUCAGGUGAUGCUGCUGAUGCGCGUUCCUGUAAACUUACUACUUCAGGUAAGGGUAUCUUAGACCCUUAUCGAAGCAUUGAUGAUGUUAGUGGUAGCAGUGUGGUGGAUCCAUAUUCAUUGGAACAGUCGAGGCAUAUUGAUAAGAAGAUAGUGGAAACUGGUGAAGAUAUUGUUUUCUUUGGCAACAAGACUACUUCAUGGUCUGGAAACGCUACUAGUAAAGGGAACUCUGGAUCCACAGUAAAUGAGAUUGAUAGGCCGAUUGAAAAAAGCUAUAGCACUCGCUUAAGAACUGAAGAUGUGGCAGAUACAACCUCAGAGAACUUGAAAGAGAGUUCUGUGAAGACUUCGAGAGGCGAUGAUGCCUCAACUAGUUACAGUAAGGUCACCAGCUCGGACAAAAGAGACGGAAAGAAAAAGGCAGCAGCAGACAUUAAUGAUGUGAGGGCGGCGAUCAAGGAGCAGGAGAGUGAGGUGGCAAGAGCUUUGUUCUUUGGUAAAACUCAAUCUACCUUUGAUGACAAGAAUGUAAGCAGCUUGGGCUUUCCGCUUGUCUAUGAUGCAAGGAAGGAAGAGUUUCCUAGGCUGCCUCCUGUUAAGCUUAAGUCUGAAGACAACCCUCUGAGUCUUUACUGUGAAGAGAAGUUUGAGCGUGAUGGUUCAGGCUCAAGGCCGAUCAGUGAUGGAGAGUCUCUUCUCAUUGGCUCGUACCUUGAUGUUCCCAUUGGACAAGAAAUCAGCUCAUCAGGUGGAAAAAAAUCUGCUGGAGGAAACUGGCUUUCAGUAAGUCAGGGAAUAGCAGAGGAUGUAGAUGCAUCAGAUCUUGUUUCUGGCUUUGCCACCAUAGGUGAUGGCAUGAGUGAAUCCGUUGAUUACCGUAAUGAAUACUGGGACUCUGACGAGUAUGAGGAUGAUGACGACAUUGGUUACGUCAGACAACCUAUUGAGGAUGAAACAUGGUUCCUUUCCCAUGAAAUUGAUUAUCCAAGUGAUCAUGAGAAAGCAACCACCCGCGGAAGUCCUGAUCAUGCAACCAAAGACGAGGAUGAUGAUCAGUCUUACGCAGAGGAAGCUUCUUCUUAUAUAUCUGGCGAACAGUAUCCUCUAGCCAAAGUUGUUGAGCCUGAAAGUGACCGGAGACUUACUGUUUCAGAGAUCUAUCCAGCUAGCAAGAAGGAUGAGAUGAUAUCGCAGUAUAUUGGGGAGCUGGUGGAUGAGGAAGUGCUCGAUUCGAUAAGUGAUGAGCCUGUUUGGCAAGGGUUUGAAGCUAAGAAAGGCGUGAAUGUUGUUCAUGAUGAUCAGCAUGAUUCAGUCAGGUCCAUUGGUGUGGGUAUUAAUAGCGACGCAGCUGAUUUCGGCAGCGAAGUGCGUGAGAGUUUGGCUGGAGGGAGCAGCGAGGGAGAUUUUGAGUACCCUCGUGAUCAUCAUGAUGCUGUAUCAUCAUCAUCAUCCAGGUUUAAACGUAUUGAUGGAACAAACAAGAAUAAACAGAAAGCAAGUGAAGAAGAAGACUCAGGGGGAAGUUUCCAUGUGAAGAAGACUCAAACCGAUGGAGGUUUUGAGUUUGGCAAUCAGAAAACGGUGAUUAGAGAUACUUCAACAGCUACUGAUGAUAUGGUUGCUACUUGGAGACGGAAAAGCAGUGAUACGUCAAGUUCUUCGGUGAAAGAAGAUAAUGCAAAAUCUAGAAACUCGUCAUCUCCCUCGUCUCUGUCAAAUUAUGCUUGCGGAGAAAGGAAGCAUGCGGAUAAAGAAGAUGAUGGUAGUGAGAGUGAAGAUGAUAAUGCGACAGCACUUGAUGACGAAGAGGCGGUGGCUGUCCAAGAGCAAAUUAGACAAAUUAAGGCACAAGAGGAGGAGUUUGAAACCUUUAACCUCAAGAUUGUGCAUAGGAAAAACAGAACUGGUUUUGAAGAGGAAAAGAACUUCCACGUGGUUCUAAACUCGGUGAUUGCUGGGCGUUACCAUGUCACCGAGUACCUUGGAUCAGCAGCCUUCAGUAAAGCCAUACAAGCGCAUGACUUACAGACAGGAAUGGACGUCUGUAUAAAAAUCAUAAAGAACAACAAAGACUUCUUUGACCAGAGUCUUGACGAGAUAAAGCUUUUGAAGUAUGUUAACAAGCAUGAUCCUGCUGACAAAUAUCAUCUUCUCCGGUUGUACGAUUACUUUUAUUACCGGGAGCAUUUGCUAAUUGUAUGUGAACUUCUUAAGGCUAACCUAUACGAGUUCCACAAAUUUAACAGAGAAUCAGGUGGUGAAGUCUAUUUCACAAUGCCAAGAUUACAGUCAAUCACGAUCCAAUGCCUUGAAGCACUUCAGUUUCUACAUGGACUAGGACUUAUACACUGCGAUUUGAAGCCUGAGAACAUAUUGGUGAAAAGCUACAGCAGAUGUGAAAUAAAAGUCAUUGACCUUGGAAGCAGCUGUUUCGAGACGGAUCACCUAUGCUCCUAUGUCCAGUCGAGGUCGUAUAGAGCACCAGAAGUCAUUUUGGGACUUCCUUAUGAUAAGAAGAUAGACGUGUGGUCUCUUGGGUGCAUUUUGGCUGAACUAUGUACGGGGAACGUUCUUUUCCAGAAUGAUUCUCCAGCAAGUUUGCUUGCAAGGGUUAUGGGAAUCAUAGGAUCUAUCGAUCAUGAAAUGCUUAGGAAAGGACGUGAUUCCCACAAAUACUUUACAAAAAACAGAAUGCUAUACGAGCGGAACCAGGAAAGCAGCAGAUUAGAGUACUUGAUACCUAAAAGAACAUCACUGAGACAUAGGCUACCAAUGGGAGACCAAGGAUUCACAGACUUUGUGGCUCAUCUUCUUGAGAUAAACCCAAAGAAGCGACCUUCUGCGUCAGAGGCUCUCAAGCACCCUUGGCUUUCAUAUCCAUACGAGCCAAUCUCUACUUAAAACAAUAAGUGACUUACUACUUUGGCUAUCAAUAAGAAAAAAAGAGAGUAGCCAAAACCGCAGAUUAGUGGAAAGCUCAUCAUCAGUGUAAGAAGUUAUAUGCGAGUGCAAAGGUGAGAUGAAAAGAAUUUUUUUGGGUGAUAAAAUUUGAUUAGAUCAUGUAACAUUGGCUUGUGAUUAUUAUUUACUCUUAGAAACAGAUUGUAGUAAAACUGUUUUUUUUUUGUAUCAACUGCUGAUCAUUAGUCCUUUUGAUUAUGAUAUUUAUUAAUGUUUA